CGUAGAUCUACUAUGUUUUCAUUUAUUUAUACGUGAUAUGGAAUAGCUCUACACAAAACAUUUAAAUAGUUAACUUUCCAUCUGACAGUACUACAUAUAGUUGGUGUUUUCUGUCGGAGAGAAAUGAGGAUGGAGGGCUUUUAAGAACAAAUUCGAAUCUACUUUCGGUUUUGAUCAAGUGUGAAAAUAAAUAUGUCAGCUGAAGGAUUUACCUGUGAGCCAUGUCUCCGAGAAGAACAAAAUGUCCCAGCAGUAAGUUUCUGUUACGAGUGCUCCGAGAAAGUAUGCGAAAGCUGUGUGAAAAUACACAAGAAAAUUACAAGCCUUUCCAGGCAUAAACUGUAUAAACUUGAUGACAAAGGAAUGGAUGUUUCAAAAUUCAAUUUCUUAAAAUCCUUAACCAUGUGCUCUGAGCACAAGACGGAAGAAGUUCGAUACAUCUGCAAAGACCAUGAGCAAGUUUGCUGCAAUGAAUGCACGAUUGUUAGACACCGGAAGUGUGAUAAUAUGAUCUCUAUCGCAGACGAAGUAACCAAGUUUGAACAUUCUGAUGAGGAUGUGGCGUCGAGAUUUAAAGAUAUUUUGCAGUGUUCCGAAAAGCUAACUGAACAUGAAGCAAACCACCAAAAUGUGAUAAGAGCUUCAAAAAAUGAUUUGGAAGAAAAGCUAAGAGAUCUUAAGAAGUCAAUAGAUGACAGCUUUGCCAAAUUUGAAAAAGUAAUGUUGAGAAAUUAUGACGAGAAAAGCUCUAGCAUUAUUAAGAGAAGUAUUACCCAGACCGAGAAGAUCAAGAAAUUGACAUCUGAUGUAAACCAGUCCAAUCAGUAUCUAGAAUUUACUGAAAGAUGCGGUGAAAAACUGCAUUCGUUUCUGUUGAGGAGAAAAUUAGAGAAGGAACUGAAAGAGUAUGAAGAUGUUUUCCAAGAUCUUAGAGGUGGAGCGAGCAAGAGCAGUUUAGUGUUAGAAACUGAUAUUUCAGAAGAAAAGUUGACGAAAUCAAUCGAGUCAUGUAUUCGACUUGUAGAGGUAAAAAACGAAACUGAAAUACCCCAAAUACAUGGAAUGCCGAAACUGAAGUUAACUGGAAAGAUUGAAUUGAAAAACGAAAUUAACAUAACAAUUUCAAGUGGGUAUGCCCGAACAUGUGCUUGGAUUGGGAAUCAUGUAAUUGUCGGCCUGCAAGAGAUGAAUCAACUUAGGCUGUAUGAUGUAAAAAAUGAAACACUGGAAUACAAAACUUCGAGAUCUACGUCUUCAGAACCAUGGUCAGUUAAAAGAGUCGAUGGGUUGAAGUUUGCUGUUUGUUACCCUAACAAUAAUACUAUUGAUAUCAUGGAAAUUAAAAAUGAAAUGUUUCAACUCAACAGAACAUUUAAAACUGAAAGAGAUAUCUGGGACGUGUCCUUCGACAAAAAUCAAUCUAAAAUCAUUGCUCUUUCACGGUCUGGUUUUAUUGACAUUUUAAAUUUAGAUGGUACAAUGUCGAACACGGUUCCCCUGACAACCGAAACUAGUGCAGCUGCAAAGAAUUCGCAUGCUAUUUGUUUUGAUGCAAACAACAGUUUACUUCAUUUAUCAUGUCAUGGUCUUCAUAAAUUGUUGACUAUGAAAUUAGAUGGUACGGUAGUUUUCGGGUUCAGACGUAAGGGUUUAAUAUUUCCGUGGCAUCCAGACAUUGACGUUAACGGAAAUGUUUUUGUUCCAUUUCUUAAUGGAGGGAUUUUUCAAAUUGAUAGGCAAGGAAAAUUAUUAAAAGAAAUCAAGUGUAAAGAUAAUCCGUAUUGCAUAAGUUUUGAUGGUAGCAGAACUAAAUUUGUGGUUACCCACUGCUCUCCUCAUAGCAUUCAACUGUACACAUUAAAAUAAGCCUUCAGGGAAUUAUUAUUAAGUGAAACAUAUUAAAUUAUUACAGUGUUUAAUUUUGAUAGGAUGAACAUACCUUCAGUGAGUCAUAUACAUGUAAUAAAGAGACAAAUUUUGUUAAUACAUAUGUAAUCACAGCUAUGUUUGAAAUAGAAAAAAAAGUGAUUGCAUAUACAGUGUAUAUAAGAACAACAUACUUAAACCUAAUAUUGAUGAAUGUAUUUUACUAUCUUGUAUGAUAAAUAAAUCUUAAUUAUGUUCUGUUCUGUUCUAAUGUAUACAUGCAUACAUAUGCACUUGAGGCAGAGAUAUUUGUACAGAUAAUACAUGCAAAUACAAAAAACAUACAAUGUAUUUGAACAAGUGAAACUAAAAAAAAACAUUUCCUAAUUACGAUUGCGUUUUAAAAGUAGUACCAAUGGAGCCAUUGUUUUCAAAGUAGUAACAAUGGAUAUGAAGUAAUUCUGGUUGAAGUGGAAGCAUUAGUUGUGAUAGUAGUAGUGGUUGUGGUAGUUGUAGUAGUAGCAACAGUGCUGCUAGGUCUUGUAGUAACAAACAAAAUCGUUGGAUUUAUAUCCCUCGCCGAGUACAAGUACACCUGUUUCCCAUACCAUAUUCUGUGUAAAGUUAAGGUCAGGUAAAUUUUUUUUGGACAAAACCUUCAGGACUGAAGUCAUUUCUCAACAUAUGUUACUGGUAAUAAAGACAUACUAAAAAAAACCUCAAAAAAAUCUCAAAAUCUUAUUUCUUAAUGAGUUACAAGUAAUUUUGACAUACUCAAAAUGACAUUUCUUAAUGUGUUACUGGUAAUUUAGACAUACUCAAAAAAUCUCAAAAUGUCAUUUCUUAAUGUGUUAAUGGUAAUUUAGACAUACUCAAAAUGUCGUUUCUUAAUGUGUUACUAGUAAUUUAGACAUACCCAAAAAAAUCUCAAAAUGCCAAUUCCUAAUGUUUUACUGGUAAUUUUAACAUUCUUAAAAAUCCCAUAAAAGUCAUUUCUUAAUGUGUUACAGGUACUUGUACUUUGUGUU